GGAGCCAGAGCCACUACGACGACGGCGACGGGGAGUGCGCAGUGACGCGACGAGCUGCACGGAGGCAGUACUAGUCCGAGAAAAGCAAGGCGAGAGACACACCCGGUCAGGUCUCCCCCUGGGCUCUAGAGAAAACAAGCUAGGCAGAGGCAGAGCUAACUCAAAUCAAAGAGAGAAAAGGGCAGAGUUUCCAAUCGGCGGGAGCGGUCGCGUCGCUUCGCUUCGGCCGGAGGGAAUUCACUCAUCCAUUCAUCCCGCGAGCAAACAGGAGAAAAUCUUCUCAAGAAAGCUAAUCCUGCUGAAUGAAAUAGCACGAAAGGACUUCUGCAGAGUCAUCGAUUUCUCCGCUACCAUGGAAACUCCCGAUAGCACUCAUCACAGGGAAGUAAGCAUGCAGGAAGCUGGAAAGCAGGCACCAAUUCUUGCAGAAAAUCUAGAUCCAUCCUUGGAGAUUCAAGAAAAGUUACCUCACAGCUUGACAGAGCACCAGGAGAACUUGAAGACCCAUGUAGGUCAUAGUGUACCUGCAUCACCAGAAAUGUUCUCGCGCUCUGAUCCAGCUCAAGCAUCCAACAAUUCCCUUAUCGACAAAACAGAUGAUGCAACUUCCACAAAUAACACUGAAAAAGCGAACAGCAUAUCUGAUAAUGGUUCAGGCAGUGACAGUACCAUGGUAACAAGUGAAAGAAAAUCUAAUGGGGAAAAUACGGAUCAUCAUGUGAGCAUUGCCUACACCCAAAAUAAGAGAGGAGAAACUGAAAGCAGGUCUGAAAGGCCAUACAAAGGUCUUGUUGAUACUGCUGCGCCAUUUGAGUCUGUUAAAGAGGCUGUCACCAAGUUUGGAGGAAUUGUUGACUGGAAAGCAUACAGAACCCACACAUUGGAGAGACGCGGGGCUAUGCAACUUGAACUUGAGAAGGUUAAACAAGACAUUCCACAAGUCAAAGAAAGUUCAGAAACUGCUGAAAUGGCAAGAUCGCAAGUCGUCGAGGAGCUAGAGAUAACCAAAAGAAUUGUAGAGGAGCUGAAGCACAAGCUGGAGAGAGCACAGGUUGAAUUGGAGCAAUCAAAGCAGGAUUCUGAACUUGCACAGCUCAGGGCACAAGAAAUGGAGCUGGGGAUCGACAAUGAAGCUAGUGUAAUAGCCCAAACACAGCUGGCAGUUGCCAAAGAAAGGAAUCAAAAGGCUAUUGAUGAACUGAAGAUGGUGAAGGAGGGAUUAGGAUUAACACAAGAACAGUACACCACCUUGGUAAGUGAAAAGGAUGCAACAAUCCAAAGAGCAGAGGAAGCUGCUUCUGCUGCGAAGGAGACAGAGAAGCGAGUUGAGGAGCUUACUCUAGAACUAUUCGCAUCCAGAGAAUCACUCGAGUUGGCGCACGCCGCGCAUCACGAAGCAGAAGAACACAGGCUUGGAGCAGCCUUGGCAAAAGAGCAGGAUUGCCUGACCUGGGAGAGAGAGCUGCAGCAGGCGAAAAAAGAAUUGCGGCAACUCGAUGAGCAAAUCUUAUCCAAAACCUCUGUGCAGUCCAAACUUGAUGGAAACAAGGACAAUUUGCUUAGGCUGAGUGCUGACCUGGCUGCCUAUAUGGCAAACAAAUUGAGUGAAGAAGCUGGAGCAGUUGAGGAGCAUGGUGGUUCUGACGAAGAUAGAGAAAUGAGUAGGUCAAUCAAGCAAGCUCUAGCAUCAGCCAGAAUGGAGCUUGAGGAUGUUAGAGGGAACAUAACAAAAGCAAAUGAGGAAGCCAACUUAAUACAAGCCGUUGCAGAAUCGCUAAGGACAGAGCUGGAUAAGGAGAAAGCCUCACUUGUUACAUUGCAGCAGAGGGAGAGCAUGGCAUCCAUCACAGUUUCUUCUCUAGAAGCUGAGCUCAGUCGCACAAAACAAGAGAUAGAAAUGUUGUACACCAAGGAAGCAGAAAGCAGAGCAAAAAUGGCAGACAUUCCAAAAAUGCUGCAGCGAGCAGCCCAGGAGGCAGAUGAUGCCAAGGUGGCGGCACAUUCGGCACGAGAAGAACUGAGGAAAUCCAAGGAAGAAGCCGAGCAAGCCAAGGCCGCUGCCACGACUGCGGAGGUCAGGUUACGCGCAGCUUUGAAAGAAAUAGAGGCGUCUAAGGCAUCCGAGAGGCUGGCACUAGUGGCAGCUCAAGCAUUGCAAGAGAGUGAGGAGGCUACAGGUGCUGAAGAUUCUCCUAGAGUGACACUUCCGGUAGGCGAAUACCACCUUCUUAGCAAGAGGGUUCAUGAAGCAGAAGAGCUUGCCAAUGAGAGGGUGAUGGCAUCGUUGGCGCAAAUAAAGGUGGCGAAAGAGUCUGAGUCAAGAAGCCUGGAGAGACUUCUUGAAGUAAGCAGGAGUAUGGACCAAAAGAAGGAUGCUCUCAAAAUCGCAUCGCAGAGGGCUGCCAUGGCAGAGGAGGGGAAACUUGGCGCCGAGGCGCAGUUGAGGAAAUGGAGAUCUGAACAUAAGCAGCUUCGAAAAGCUCAUGAAGCUGCAAAACAUGCAAUUAGUCCUUUGAGUACUCCAUUUGCUGAAUACAAGGAGGCCUCUUACCAGGAAAAUAAGGCAGUCCUUACGGAACCAAAAUCGCACAUGUCAGAUAAUAGCAUGGAUGGAUUUGCUUCGGACAAGAAGCUACCGAAAAAGAAAAAGAAGUCAUUAUUCCCCCAAAUGUCCACCCUUUUCUCUAGAAAGGUGCAGACACAAACAUAAAAUGAUCAUGUGUACACACAGAUAUCUUGUUUUACACUGUACUCCCUCCGUUCCUAAAUAUAAGUCUUUUAAGCGAUUUCA